AUGGGCCGCGGCAAGCGCCGGGGCGCUGCCUCUACCGGGAAUAAGGUCGAAUUUGGGGAAAUCGGGCUGAAGGCGAUGAGCCCCGACUGGAUAACCGCCCGUCAGAUCGAAGCCGCCCGUGUCGCCAUUUCCCGCCAUCUUCAGCGCGGCGGGCGAACCUGGAUUCGCAUCUUCCCGGAUAAAGCCGUUUCCAAGAAACCUGCCGAGGUUCGCAUGGGCGGCGGGAAAGCCGCCAACGACCACUGGGUGGCUGUUGUGCGGCCGGGCCGGAUAAUGUUCGAGGUCGGCGGUGUCCCUCUGGACCAGGCCGAAGCAGCCCUGCUUCGCGCCGCCCACAAACUCCCCAUACCCACCAAGGUUGUCUACAAAGACCGCAUUAAUGCCCUGCUCACCGGUACGGGAGGCUGA